AACGCCUCUUAUUUCUCCUCCCCAUCCUCACCGCUAUAUCAUAUAUGUUUUUGCUGGUCUUUUUACAACCACCAGGACUCUUUACCUCCCUCUCUCGGUUAGUCACUGCAAAAACCUUGUAAGAUUUGCAAGUGGAAGAUUUGCUCAGAUUUUGGAAUAUUUGCUCCAAUAUAACCCUGAACCCAACCUGAAUCGAUUGAUCACUAGCUUCAUUUGCACCAAAUUCAAAUGCUCUUGGUAAACACUAAUCGAUAGCACAUUUUGGGGAAGCCCAAGAAUGCUUGCUACUUCUAAGUGGUUCAAGCAAGUUUCCCAAUGCAAACCCAAAUCCUACAUUUCUAGUAUUGAACAAAAGGCAUGCUUGAAUUACCAAAUUCAUCGUCUUAUAGGAGAAAAAGUAAAUGGCAAGAGAACAUGGUGGUUUGAUAAGCAUGUUAAUGGGUGCCUUCUAACAUCUUCUCAUGCAUUGCGACGGAGAAGAUAUUACCAGCACACUAAUUUUAUUACAUACAUCCUAGUUGGGGUUUCCUGGAUCUGGCCAUCUUUUGCCACUGUGAAUAAUUCCAUUGGCAAUUAUCAGUCAUUAGCAACACAAGCUUCUCCUUCUGAAGAAGAACUGACUGAUGAAUUCUUGAAUCAAAUCAUGUCUGCUAUAGAGAAUGCUCCAAUCUCCACUAGGGAAAUCUGUACUACUUACAUUGAAAAGCUGUGUAGAGAUGGAAAUCUUGCAGUUGCCACUAGGCUACUGAAGUCCUUGCGUGAUAAACACAUCUUCCUUAGCGCCUAUGCAUAUAAUCUUCUUUUGAUAGCAGCAGGUGAAGGGAGUGACAUUGCUCUUCUGUCUCAAGUUUUCAAGGAUCUAUUGUUAACUAGUGAGUCCGUAAGUUCAACCUCUUAUCUUAAUCUUGCCAAGGCUUUUAUGAACAUAAAUGAUGUGGUCUUGUUACUCGGAUUGAUCAAAGAAGUAUCAGAAUUGACCUUUCCAAGAAGUGCAACAGUAACAAAUAGAAUCAUCUUUGCCUUUGCUGAAUGCAGGCAGAUUGAUAAGGCCCUGUUGAUAUUUGACCACAUGAAGAGUCUGAAAUGCAAACCAGAUUUGAUUACAUAUAAUACUGUUUUAGGGAUCUUGGGUAGGGUUGGUCGUGCAGAUGAAAUGCUUUUUGAGUUUGCCUCCAUGAAAGAGGCCAACAUCAUCCCAGAUAUCAUUUCCUAUAAUACCUUAAUAAACAGCUUGCGGAAAUUGGGAAGAUUGGAUAUGUGCUUAGUAUUUUUGAAAGAGAUGGAAGAGAGAGGACUUGAACCAGAUUUGCGAACAUACACUGCAUUGAUUGAGAGCUUUGGCAGAUCGGGGAAUGUUGAAGAAUCAUUGAGGCUCUUCAACGAGAUGAAGCGCAGGCGAAUUCAGCCAUCUAUCUACAUUUACCGGUCAUUGAUCAAUAAUUUAAAGAAGAUGGGGAAGUCAGAGUUGGCAAUGAGUUAUUUGGAGGAGAUGACUACAUCUUUUGCAGAUCUUGUUGGUCCAAAGGAUUUCAGACGAAAAAACAGAUAGUUUAGCACUCCAAACUUGAUAUUUUGAUUUUCCACUGAUUGCAAUAGCUUGAAGCUCGUCAAUUUGCUUCCUAAUUAAAGAUGGGGAAGUUGAAGUUGGCAAUGACCUUUUUGCAGGAGAUGAAUAUAUCUCUUGCAGAUCUUGUUGGUGGCCCCGAGGAUUUCAUACACAAAAAAGAAGAAAAUGGUUUAGCACUCCAAGCUUGAGACUUUGAAUCCUCACUGACGCAGCAGAAAGCUCAAGGAGAAUUGUUGCUUGUCUUCUUUUAUAUAGGUUGGCUUAUUAGAGGUAUCAGGCAGUUCAAAAAAAAAAUCAGCUGCCAUUGAGAAACACAUCUGCAAAUCGGUAACAUCCUCCUACAUGAGUGGAAGCCCUUAAAGAGGCAUAAGCAGUGUUGUGGUCCGUGGGAGAAUCUUAUUUCUAUCUUUCUCAAGAUUAAUGCUGGAACAAAUGUAUGAAGCUUUUGUCAUUCCAAGGCCCUUGCUAUUCCAUCUUCAGCAACUGGUUCUGGUAAUGAAUAUCUAUAUGGGAAGAUGCAGUCUACUUAAAAUCAGAUGCAAAUUCAGGAUUGCGUUUGACAACAGGUGCAGCCCCAGGGUAUGCCUUGGAUUUUUGUCAUCCUCAUCAAAUCAUUGGUUAUGAGCCUUGCAAUGGUGGUCGAUGAUAGUUGUCUAUUCAUUGGUGUAUUGAUUGAAAAACCUGUAUGUGUAUUUUGAUUGGCAGAUAAGAUGCAACUUAUUUGUUUCAUAAUAAUCUCAAUACAAAAGUACAUGUUAAAAUAAUAAUGAAAAAGAUGGAGAAAUACAAAUUUUUUAGGUCA